AUGAUUCUGAAGAAGAAGGAAGUUCGAGCACCGGAUCAAAUUGUUUAUUAUUCUGAGCUGUUGCAAGUGGCGGCCCACACCCUUGAGACGGGCCACGACUUUAAUUUCGAAGCAACAAGGAUAAUUGCUCACGACGGGAGCAAAACCGAACGCGAGCUAACUGAAGCCUGGGCAACGGAUGACAACUCAGUGAACAGAUGUAUUGAGUUGGCGCCCGCAUAUACUGCCCUCCGCAAGAACACCCGCACGGCGGACACUGCUGAUUAA